UGUCUGUCAAUUUAUUUGUUAUUUUGUCGUGCCUGUGAUCGUCCUUCUAUUUUUCCUUUAUUUCCCAUUUAUCUUUUCCCUUUUGUCUUGGGGUUAAAUACAGUUUCCAAAGCUUUACGGUGUUAGUUAUUAGAGAAACUACUGGAACUGAAUAAAUUAUUAGUGUUGUAGUACAUUGUAGCACGCGGUUAACGCAUCGCUCGGUACAAUGGAAAACCUUGAUGAAAGCAAUAAUAAAAACGUGUCGCUUAGUUUAAUCGCCGAAUACGGCGCCUCAGAUUCCGAUUCUGAUGACACUGAGACGCGAUCGAACACAGGAAAUGAGGAUUCCGACGCUGCGGAAAUUAGUGAAAUGGUGUUGAAAAACAAUAUUAUAAACGCGUGUGCACACGGGCCGAUAGCCAGGAGUAGUGUUCGUGAUGAUGAUGAUGAUCAGGGUACUCGGCACAUGAUAAUAGACUCAUUGGAUAGUGGCGUAGUGGAAUACGAGGUGACGGAGUACAGGGAUGAUUCGGAUUCAGAUAGCUCGUCAGAUUGCAGUGAUAGUGAUGUGGACUCUGUCAAAGAUAUCGAAGAAAUCUCCAGCGGGGAUGAAGACACAGCUGGCCGAUCAGGAAAAGUGGAGAUUCCCAAGGUCCAUGGAGAGCUGGAGCUAGAUGACCUGCCGCCGAUCGAGGACCUCGCCAUCAGCUUGCCGUCACAGGAGACCACGAAGAUUGGCACUAUCACCAGCAUUGUUGAUAGAUUAGUGAUAGUUCGUGCAUUCCCUGAAACCCCAGCAGUGGACUUAGACAGCGUGUUGUUUCUGGACAACGGGGCCAAGACGCUCGGGAAGGUCUUCGAUGUCUUCGGGCCCGUGACAGAGCCGCACUACUGCGUGCGAUUCAACUCAGCGGAGCACGUGGCGGCGCGCGGCGUGCGAGUCGGCGCAGACGCGUACAUCGCGCCCCGCACUGCGCACACCAGCUACGUGUUCCUCAGCGAGCUCAUGAAAGUAAAAGGAUCAGACGCGUCGUGGCUGCACGAUGUGGAACCGCCGCCGAGCCAGAUCGAAUACUCCGACGACGAGGAGGAAAGGAGAGCGAACAGAGAGAGGAAAGAACAGAGACAGAGACAGCGCGAGGAUACCGGUGGAGAGACGUCCAUAAACAAGCGCAAUCCAGAGCCCAGGAGGAACCAGCGACCCUCGGAGUCCAGCAGCAGGUUCGGCAGCGGGCCCAGCAGGGGACGCAAUCCGUUCUCAGCCAGUUCCAGAAGGAAUAACCUUAACAUGUACCCGAGGUACUCGCGCCCGUGGCCCAACAUGGACAUGAGGACUCCUCCCCCCCACCCGGACCCUGGAGCCCCCUUCACCGCGCCCCCCUUCACCGGCCCACCGAUGUUCCCCCCUCCGUUCAACCCCACCACCCCUCCCUUCAUGGGCAAUCCGUUCCAAUUCGGCGGAAACCCCAGAAUGCCCGGCAACUAUAUGGGCAUGCCGCCUUUCAGACAUUCAGUCCCUGUGUUCGGCGCCAACUUCUGCGGCUCGGGCCCGCAGCCCCAGUGGGUCAACAACGGCCCCCCACCCCCACCAGGGACCUAAUUAAACGCACAUAAUUUAUAUAUCUUAAGAUUUAUCUCAUAAUAAACUAGUUGUAAUUAACCUCUUAUGUUUAUACAAUACUAAAGUGUGGUCACCCAAAAAUAAAUCUAUAUUUAUACAUAUGAAAUAAAUGAUGAUUGCAAAUUC